GAUUUGUUGACGGCUGCAACUGUUACACAUUCCAGAAUCAUACAAAAGCAUACAUCAAUCAUCUUCUCAAUGUCCACGAAAUGCUGGCUCAGAUUUUACUUGAAAUACAUAACACACACCACUAUUUAUCAUUCUUUCGCUUAAUCAGAAAAGCAAUUAUGGAAGGAAAAUUCGAGGAAUUGAGGCAGAAAUUCAUCGACAGUAGGCGUGAUCAUCUGUUGGCAGCUUCACCGAUUGUUUUUGAGCUAAAAAUGCCAGUAAGUUUUAGAGGAGAAGACACCCGCAAAACCUUUGUAGAUCAUCUUUACAAUGCUAUCGCUCAUCGUCUAAUACGUACUUACAAGGAUGAUGAAGAACUUCCCAGGGGUGAUUCCAUCGGUUCAUCUUUGCGUAUGGCUAUAGAAGAAUCACAGAUUGCAGUCAUAGUGUUCUCCAAAAACUAUGCAGACUCUUCAUGGUGUUUGAAUGAACUUGUAUAUAUUAUGAAAUGUAGGGAUGAGAGAGGACUCAUCGUUAUGCCCAUAUUCUACGAUGUGGAUCCUUCGGAAGUGAGGAAUCAAAAAGGAAAAUUUGGAGAAGCGUUUGCUAAACAAGUGGCGAAGAACAUCACCAAAGCUGAAUUAUGGAGGAAAGCACUUGAUGAAGCUACUAACAUUGCUGGAUGGGAACUCAAGCACAUUGCAGGCGGCCAUGAAUCAAAAGCCAUCAAACAGAUUGUUGAUAGAGUUCAAGAAAUAUUGUUUUCUUCAAUAUCAAAUGUUGAUGAAGAGCUUGUUGGAAUGAGGGCUCGCUUUCAAGAUUUGAUGACACAUCUAGAAAUCGACUCAGUUGGUGUGCGUAUGGUUGGGCUAUGGGGGAUUGGAGGUGGUGGUAAGACUACUCUUGCGUUUUCUCUUUAUACUGAAAUCUCUCGCCAUUUUAAAGGUCAUUGCUUUAUUGCCAAUAUUCGUGAACAAAGCAAACAUGGUCUAGAAACCCUGCAACAAAAACUUUUAUCCACAGUUUUCAAAACACAAAUAGCAGUGCAGAGUGUUGAAGAAGGAAAAUGCAUCAUAAAGAGUAUGUCAUGUAAUAAUAAAGUGUUAGUUUUUCUUGAUGAUGUCGAUGAUCUUGACCAGCUACAAGCAUUGGCUGGAUCACAUAAUUGGUUUGGUGUUGGAAGCCGAAUAAUUAUCACAACGAGAGAUGAACAUGUGUUAACAGCUCACAGGGUAGACCACAUUUCCCCUGUUAAAUUAUUAUCAGAUGAAGAGGCUAUCCUGCUACUUUAUAAGCAUGCAUAUAAUGAAAAAAAGCCUCUAAAAGAUUACGAGACACUUUCACUACGUGUGGUAUCUUAUGCUGCUGGGCUCCCAUUAGCACUUAAAGUCUUAGGUUCCUUUCUAUUCGACAAAGACAAGAAUGAGUGGGUAAGUGCCUUAGCAAAGUUAAAAGAUAUCCCAAAUCUUGAGGUCAUGGAUAUAUUAAGAAUUAGUUAUGAUGGACUUGAAACUCUCCACAAAGAGUUAUUCUUGGAUAUCGCAUGUUUCUUCAGGUGGAAAAACAUAGAUGAUGCAAUGGAGAUUCUCGACGCCUGUGGUUUUCAUCCCAUUAUAGGGAUAAAGGUAUUGAGACAAAAAGCUCUUAUAACAAUUGAUGAUUAUGGUAGGUUUGAUAUGCAUGAUCUGGUUCAAGAAAUGGGACACUACAUUGUUAGACGGGAACAUCCUAACAAUCCUGAAAAACAUAGUAGAGUUUGGAAACAUGAGGAAAUCUCUAACAUGUGUCUUGGGGAUUCAAUUUAUCAGGAAAAUCAUAAAAUUGAAGUCAUAGAAACUUCUAGUUAUUUUCCACGCUCUAGUACGAUCAUUUCAAACAUGAGGAAACUAAGGUGGCUUAAUAUGUUGUUUGGCGGUGAUGCUGAAGGGCCUAAUUUUUUAUCAAAUGAGAUGAGGUAUCUUUAUUGGGAAAGGUAUCCAGCAACUCCAUUUCCAAACAGUUUCCAAGCAUCGAAGCUUGUUGUUCUAAAAUUGUGGAAGAGCUUACAAAAAGAACUUUGGAAUGCUAAUUAUAAGUGCCUACCACAUUUGAAAGUGCUUGAAUUCUGCUAUAUGAAAAACCUAGUCAGUACACCAGAUUUUGAUGGACUCCCGUGUCUUCAAAAGCUCACAAUCAGGAUGUGUGAUGAGAUAGAAGAGAUUCACCCGUCACUUGGAAAUCACAGAUGCCUUCAAUACAUAAGUGUAAAAGAUUGUGAUAAGCUUAGAAGGUUUCCAACAAUUUUCCACAUGGAAAAACUCAAGACUUUAAAGAUGAGGGAUUGUGAUGCUCUUGAGUUACCGGAAAUCCAAGGAAACUUGAAAAGCAUAGAAACGUUGUCUUUAAGUAGGUUCCCCAUAGAAAUUCAAGCUCGGCCUACACCUAUCUUACGAAUGUUAGGUCUCAUCAAUUUACGGAUGUUGCGUGUCGAUGGCUGGAGUUUGAAAGAUGAAGAAAUUCCCUCUGACAUUAGUGAGUUAUGCAACUUAGAAGAGCUCAAUCUUAGUUGGAAUGAUUUUUCACAUUUAGGUUUCAGCCUAUCACAACUUACUCGGCUAAAAAUCCUCAAACUGUGCGGAUGCAGUUGUCUUGUUGAAUUGCCUGAGCUCCCAUCAAGUGUGGCUGUGCUACAAGCAAGCUGGUGUGAAUCACUUACAACUAUUGGAAAUAACUGUGACACAGAUUUUAAAUGGUUACGCCAAGUCUCACUUAUCAGAGGGGGUAUUGUAAAUGAUGCCGGCAGAUUACUAGUAUCCAUAAUUCAGGGAAGGGGUAUUCAAAGUCACUGUAUGGUUCUCCAAGUUGAAGGCAUUGAGAUUCCAAAGAAGUUGUUAGAUUGGCUUGUUAGCGGAAAUACAUGUACGCUUCAACUUCCAGAGAAUUGGUACAAUGAUUUCUGUGGAUUCAUAAUGUGUGCUGUUUCGCCGCAUUACUACCUUAACGUGCAGAUAACAAUGAAGCAGGUGGUGGGUAAUGAGAUGGGUACGGAUUCUCAAUAUGAAUAUGUGGCUUGGGAGAAGAGCAAUGAUGAUAGAAGAACAUUCGUGGGAUAUGUUUCAUUUGGUUUAUUGAAAAAUACCUCGUGGUGGGAUGAAACUUCCAAGACUCUUUCGUUUUUGUUUAAUGAAUUGAAAACACCGUGUAGUGGGUUUGGAUUUGAACUUGUUCCCAAGAGAAGUGGAAUGGCUCCAACCGAAGCAUCAACAAAUUCUCCUCACUUUAAGAUUUUACAUGACUCGGCUUCUACUAUAGAAAUUUUCUUAAGUAUGUGUUAGUUUUUUGUGUUAUAUUGCAUAGUUUAUAAAUCAACUAUUAUCCCCCAAUCUAUAUUUUUCUUUUA